CGAGCUGGCCGUGACACGAGUCACGACUCGGGGACAAUGCCAGUGUCGUCAUUUUUAAACUUUGACCUGCGGCAUCCAUGGUUGUACUCGGUGAAAUAUGCAAAGCUCUCCACUCUCACCCCCUCAGGGCAGUUUUUCCAGCAUUCCCAAAUUUGAACCACCAUAUCCUUAUUAUAUUGUACAGCCCGUUGGCAGUCUACUUACUGAACAACAGCAGCAGAAGCAACAGAAACCCGGCCAGAGAAGAAGAAAAAGAGGAACAAUGAGCGCUGCAAUUCAGGCUAUUGGCGAGACUCUCGCUAGGCUUGAUGACGGCGACUUUGCCGCGUCUCUCGAGGUGGUCGACAGCUAUCUGACCACCUCGAACGACGAGGAUAUUGCCGUGAGCCAUAGCCGGGGUGUGGCCAUCGAGCAGGCUGCCCGCCAGCAGUCUGGAUACGACACCGGCGAUAUUAGCAGCUCGGGCGAAUUUGCCAGCUUCCGGGACGCUAGCAGCUCCCCGGCAUGGUUCAGCAUCCGUCUGCCCAAGACAUCCUCGAACCGCCAAAGUGUGAGUUCAGCAACCGAGGCAUUUUCCGAUACCAGUGUGAUGCAGAGCCUGCGCCGAAUGGUGCAGCGCGAGGAGGCGUGGCAGCAAACCAAGGCCACGUACGAAAAUCACUUGUCGCAGAUGGCACUGCACCUUCAACAGCAGUCGCUAGCGUUCAAGUCAGCCCAGGCCAAACUCCAAAUCGCUGGGGGCUGCACCUGACCCCGUUAUCGAUCAGUAUGCAUCAAACGGGACGUUCCCCGUGUCCACUGGCGCCGAGCUGCAGCCAGACGAGUCCAUUGGCGGGCCGACCA